GGCAGAUUUCCAUUUGAAAAUCGAUGUGCAACCGCAAUUCUUGCUGGUGAUCCUGUCAGUGUCGCUGCUGGGGGUUUGGUGGUGCUGCAAGAGGAAUGAGACUCUACCUCCAGUGGUCGAGGUGCAGGGCUUUCAGAUCCCAGUAGAUCAGCUGAUCCACACCAAGGACCCGCGAACAGCAUAUCUGUUGCUCUUUGCUGCCGGCCUGGUUGGUUGUCAUCACUUCUAUUUGGAUCGUUUGCUGCACGGAUGCCUUGCAGCUACCCGAACUUCCUGGGUGUUGGCUGGCUGUUGGACCUCUUCUGCAUUCCGUACUACACCAGCAGUUUCAACCGGACAGCGGCUCCAGGGGCCCCCAGAGACCGAAGUUGCGGCAGGCUCCUCUGCUAUUUGCCCUUGGUGGCCUGUGUUGCCACCUGCACCCUUUUCACCGUUGUGCUGGGCUUGCCAUCUGUGGUGCAUAGCACUGGAUUGAUGGACCUGGAACAACGCAUGGCAGGCACUGGUGGCAACCCCUACGUGAUCUUAGGGAUCGACCGCGAAGCUGACUCAGAAGAGAUUCAAAAGGCCUAUGACGCCCAGCUUCGGGAGGUGGAGAGUUCACAGGAUUGCAAGGCUGAGAAGAACGGCAAAGCUUGCAGGAGGAAGAAGAAAGAUUUAAAGAAGGCCUUAGACUUUGCUAUGAAGAAACAGGGCAAGAGCACCACGGGCACCACGGGCACCACGGGCACCACGGGCACGGGCAGCACGGGCACUUCGAGAGACUCCACCAAGGCGCGGCGAGCCAAACGUCGCGCCAAGCCAAAGGACAAGAAGGACCCCAUCGAUCAGUGGUUUGAUCAACGAAGGCCUGAACCGCGAGUUGAUGUCUAG